UUGCGUGACAGAAGUUGUAAUACUUUUGCAUUGUAAACUUGAAUUAAAAUUUAAUUAACUGCUUAAAUCACGUUUUAUUAAAUAUUGUUAGACUAUUGUCAACACGGAAUCCAUUUUCUGGUAUUAUUUCAAAAGGGAGCAUUUUGCUGAUGUGAUAUUAUAGAAUGUCAUCAUAUAUGGCAGGUGUUUUUGAUUUGGAUUUAGAUGUGGAUCCUGAUACUGUAAACGUUGGAGAUUCAGACGAGGACGAUAUUAUUGAUGUCGAUGAGGUUGAUUACGAGCCCGAAUUACACGUGAAUAGCAUUGUUGAACAAGAAGGCUCUGAGACAAUUCAACUAUCUGAAGACAAUGUUAACCCAGGACAAUGCAAACGCCUCGGUCCUCAAGAUUUCGAACUGCGCAAAGUUUUGGGAAAGGGUGGAUAUGGCAAAGUAUUCCAAGUGCGAAAAAUAACAGGAACUGAUGCAGGUGCACAUUUUGCUAUGAAAGUGCUCAAAAAAGCUUCCAUAGUUCGAAAUCAAAAAGACACAGCACACACAAAAGCUGAGAGAAAUAUUUUGGAAGCUGUAAAGCACCCAUUUAUAGUGGAAUUAGUAUAUGCUUUCCAAACAGGUGGUAAACUAUACUUAAUUUUAGAAUACUUAAGUGGUGGCGAGCUAUUUAUGCAUCUUGAGAGAGAAGGUAUUUUCCUAGAGGACACAGCUUGCUUUUAUUUAUCAGAAAUUAUAUUGGCACUGGAACAUUUACAUAGUUUAGGCAUAAUAUAUCGUGAUUUGAAACCAGAAAAUGUCCUAUUGGACGCCCAAGGCCAUGUAAAACUUACGGAUUUCGGAUUAUGUAAAGAACAUAUUCAGGAGGGUAUUGUCACACACACGUUCUGUGGUACCAUUGAAUAUAUGGCACCAGAGAUUCUGACACGGAGUGGUCAUGGCAAAGCCGUAGACUGGUGGAGUCUGGGAGCACUGAUGUAUGACAUGCUCAUUGGACAGCCUCCAUUCACCGGCGACAAUCGUACAAAGACUAUAGAGAAAAUUUUAAAGGGUAAACUAAUGCUGCCAGCUUACCUCACGCAAGACGCUCGCGAGCUGAUCCGCCGCCUCAUGAAGCGAUCAGAGACCCAACGCCUCGGCGCCGCGGGCGCUCAGGCCGUACGCGGGCACGCCUUCUUCAAACAUGUCAAUUGGGAGGAUGUGGUCUCUCGCAGACUGGAACCUCCUAUUAAACCUAGGCUGACUGGUGAAGACGACGUUUCCCAAUUCGACACCCGUUUCACACUGCAGACGCCUAUCGAUUCGCCAGAUGAGUCGACACUUAGCGCAAGUGCCAACCUCAUGUUCCAGGGCUUCACGUACGUGGCGCCAUCAGUGAUGGACGAGAUCCACAAGCCGCGCGUGAUCACGGCGCGCUCGCCGCGGCGCCCGCGCCCGCACCACCACGCCGCGUUCGCCGUGCCGCUCGCCUCCACCGCGCACCAGCACCAGCAAGAGGACCUCAUGGACGUACAAGGUCUACCUAUAUAGCCUAGAAUAAUUCACAUUAGUUGACCAUUUAUACUAAGGAUAAUGAAUUAAACUACAAAGAUGCCCAUGUAAUACUGUCGGUGAAAAUAAUGGUACUGUUUUAUACUAUUAUUAAUGGACAUUUUAUACAAGUUACCGUUUAGUCUAAUAUUUGGGUAGAAUAAUCACGUAUAUUAAAAUGUUCUAAAUCCGACUAUAUGACAAAAAUAAUAAUUUACAAUAUAACUUGUUACCAUGCUUCAUGAAUUGAAAUAAAGGUCAUUUUUUAUUUUGUAA